AGGAUUUUAUAACACGUCCUGUGGAAAUGGACACCGAAAAAGCUCCUGCUGUAGACGUUGAAGCGACCGGGGAGAGUAAAGAUGGAGCAGAGGCGUUUACGAAGGUGAAGUCUAAAAAGAAGAACCAGAAACGUAAACGUGAGCAAGACGCAGUGGACAUGGACACAGAGGAGAGCGUGGCCAUUAAACGGCCGCAGUUUCCACCGAUUUCCGGAGACAAGUUACGGGGACCAGAUGAGAUGCGUAAGAUCCCCGUUCCAGCUCACAGAUACACCCCGCUGAAGGAGAACUGGCUAAAGAUUUUCACUCCCAUCGUAGAGAACCUGCAGCUUCAAGUGCGGUUUAACCUCAAGACCAGGAACGUAGAAAUCAAAACGUGCAAAGAGACGCAGGAAAUCAGUGCCCUCACGAAAGCGGCAGAUUUCGUCAAAGCGUUCAUCCUAGGCUUCCAGGUUGAGGAUGCCAUGGCGCUCAUCAGAUUAGACGAGCUUUUCCUUGAAAGCUUUGAUGUCACAGACGUAAAACCUUUGAAAGGCGACCACUUAUCCAGGGCCAUCGGAAGAAUAGCAGGGAAGGGAGGAAAAACGAAAUUCACCAUUGAGAAUGUGACAAAGACUCGCAUCGUUCUGGCAGAGACGAAAAUCCACAUUUUAGGUUCUUUUCAGAAUAUCAAGAUGGCCCGAACAGCAAUAUGUAACCUGAUUUUAGGAAGUCCACCUUCAAAGGUUUACGGUAACAUCAGAGCGGUGGCCAGCAGGACUGCGGAGAGAUUCUGAAAUCUGAUUGGCUGCUGCGUGCCUUCCUCUCCUCCCUUUCUGUAACUGCGAUGAGUUGAGUUCACGGACUGGCGUUUGGGACGGAAAGCCGACACGUACAUCAUAAUUUUUAAUGAACAGUGUUGGUCUCUGGAAGUAUGAGUUAUGUAAAUAAAUAUUAAAAAAAAACAAUAAGGGAGGUUUAUUUCUGUGACUGAAUGUUUUUAGCAGAUCAGUUUUGAGGAUGAAGGUUUGAUCAAUGAUUAGGUUUAGGGAAAUAUUUGACAGCUAUAGUUGGAAUAGGAACCAUUUACUCAAAUAAGACCACCUAUUUAAUUUUCAUAUCUUUUAAAAAUAAUCUUUUUGUUUAAUCUCUGAAGCAGCUCAAGAAUUUGAAAUAAAUGAUUCACUUUUAUCAAACUUCUUUAGAAGGCCUUGGACAGUUAGAACCUCACCAUUGUGUUUACUGUCAUUUCAACAGUCAGGAGCAAAUCAAACUAAACUAAUGAGGCUAAAACAGGGCAAACCUUCACAAUGUUAGUCAUGUGGACCUGGUAGAUAUGCCAGGGUGUGCUAAUUUAUUUAUUCUUUUAACCUGAAAUUGCACCUCUUUCAGUUUGUAUUUGAAUUUUUCAGUAUUAACAUUAAACAUCCAUAUGUCUAAA